UUUACCGUGCGCAAGUUUCAGAGAUGCCGCAGGCCAAGCACAAGCUAAGUCCACACGAUCAACAGGUGUUGGACUCCAUAUUCAAUCCUCUAGAGCUGAGUGGCAUCGGGGCUCACAAUGUGCAAAUCGAAGCCGAGAUGGAGCUGCUCGAUGAGGAGCCCCAAUCACCGUUGCUGCCGGCCUCUCGAGAGCUGGAGCUGGAGGCGGUGAGGCUGGCUGAGCGUGGGGAACUGGAGCAGGCGCUGCUGGCAUUCGAGAAGGCCCUCUAUUUGAUGAAGCGCGCCUCAAUACUGAACAAUCGGGCGCAGGCCCUGCGUUUGGCCAAGCGAGAUCAAGAAGCGCUUGCCGAUCUAAAUCGCGCUCUGGAAUUAGCAACUGAAAAACAGGCACGUACCAAAUGCCACGCCCACUGUCAACGCGGUGUCUUGUACAGGAAACUAGAAAAUUUGGAUGCAGCACGCGCGGACUUCGAAGCCGCCGCACAGCUGGGCAGUAAAUUUGCACGUGAACAGCUAGUGGAAAUAAAUCCCUUUGCGGCGCUAUGCAAUCAAAUGCUGCGCCAAGCAUUCGAUCAGCUCAAGUGAAAGAGACUUGAGCUGUGAUUUAAGCCAAGAGGAAAAGGGCC